GCCAAACCCCGCCCACCUGCACCACACCCAUUCCCGAGCUGCGAUAAAGCGAGCGCACCUCUAGCAUCACUUGACGCUAUCACGGCCAUAAUUUGUAUCUUCUCCCACCUGCCCUUUGCCAGAAACUCGCAGCCCGCGCAGCCAUCAAGAAUCCGAGUCCUUGUCCGUCGCACAAAAUUCGAGUCAUAGCGCUGCCAGUCAUCCCACCGAGCAUCGGCCCUUGGAUAACCGCACACAAAGGCCAAAACACCGUCGCUCGCCAGCAACAGAGCCUACGAUGCCCUCUGUAUCCGCGGGCCAUGCGCUCGACCUCGAAAAAUUCCUGAAAUCUCUCAAAGGACAACAGCUGGAAGCUUCCGUCAACAGCUUGAUAUCUCUUUUAAAGCGAAGACAGAUUAGGGGAUCCGAGCCUUGCGCCAUCGCCACCGCCCACAUCCUCCUCCAAGUGGUUGCGCGCUCAAAAUGGCACGAUGUCGACAGCCUCUUGCUCAACGUCUCAAGGACCGGCCGUAGAUUGGUCGACGCCCAGCCCAACGAGCUUGUCAUUGGCAACAUUGUGCGCCGCGUUCUGGGCCUGAUUCGAGACGAGGCUUCUGAAGAUCGAGGCGAUGCUGGCGACGAAUCGGCGAGCGAAGCACCCACGCCAACCGACAUUGUCCCGCCGUCGUCCAUUAGCCAGCAGUGGUCGUCAAAACGGUUCGACUCCGUCGAUAGUUCAACCGGUGCCUCACGCCCUCCACUCAUCUCCUCCUACAGCUCCAUCAACCCGCCCAAAUCACUGUUCCACCUGCUGUCGACCUCGCCUCCCACUGAUGGAAACGUGUCGCCUUUCAAGACUUCGGGCGCUUCGACCCCUACCUGGCGGGGGAACGCGGGCCAGAUCCACGCGCUGCGCUCUGAAGUGAUUGACGGUAUCGAGGAGAUCAAGGACGAAAUCAGCCAGGUGGAUGACCAGAUUGCCGCCUCUGCUGAAGUGCAGAUCCAUCCCGGAGACUUGAUACUGGUCCACCAGCCAUCCACAACAACUGAACGAUUUAUUCUUCGCGCCGCCCAAAAGCGCAAGUUUACCGUCCUCCUCGCCAUGGCGCCGCCGAGAAGACAGCACUCGCCUGAGAACCAGCAUGCCGUAUUCAGAAAGAAGCUGUCAGCAGCCGGCAUCACGGUGGUGAAUGUGAUGAAUGGCGGGCUGAUGGCUUACAUGUCAAGAGUCAACAAGGUCAUUAUUGGUGCGAGAGCAGUUGUUGCUACGGGCGGUGUUGUGGCUGAUGCUGGCUCUGCUGCUAUUGCACGAGCGGCCAAGGAGCAGGGCGCUGCUGUUGUCGUGCUCAACGGCAUCUACAAGCUGAGCCCGGAGAGCCCCUUUGACGAGAGCUCGCUGAUUGAAUGGGGCGACUCGUCGACGUUUGUGAGCUUCUCGGACGGUCCUCUGGUGUGUGGUGCCGAGAUUCGAACCGCACUUACUGAGCUGAUUCCGCCGGAGCUGAUCGAUACUUAUAUCACAAACCUGGGCACACAUUCACGCGACCAUUUGUCGAGCCUUAUCGCAGACCAUUACAAGCGAGAGGACGCAGACUUUCACAUCUGGGAAGAGGCUCUCGCCUGAUGGUAGUGACGAUUUCACGAGGAAUGAUAACAAAUCAAACAAGUAAAAGCAGAAAAACGACCAAGGAGCCUUCAUCACAUACAUGGUGACAAAAAGAAAGGAUAGGAUAAAUGACGGUAUAGAAUGUUCCUGACACAAAAAAAGAGAGAAAUUAAAAUUACCGGC